CGACUGCUCCAAUCGUGGCAAAGUCCUCAUUUCCUUGUUGCUGUUGUUCUUCCUCUUCGUAGACAUCGAAUUGGUUGGCGUAUUGGCGAUUGGGACGUCGGUCGUUCCGUCUGUCGUUGGCUCGUGCUCGGGUGUUGUUCAUAAUGACGUCGCCAUCCUUAUCUCGUCGUUCUGUAGGGCGCCAUGUUUGCUGCUGCUGCCCUCCUCCCUGCUGCUGUCCGCCAGUGUGCCAGGUGCGCUGAGAGGAUUGGGCAUAAGUGGAUGAGGCAGGUCGCCAGUAGUUGCUGCUCUGUCUGUUGGUGUUGCUCGGCUGGUUCCUCCAUCCAUUGCCAUUGUUCCUGUUGGUGUUGUUGUAUCUGUUGUCAGGUCGUCUGUCAGUCCAUCCCUUCCUCUCAUCAUCAUGCUGACUACGCUGGUCUUGACGGUCAUGUUGUCUUCCGGAUGGACGGCCCCUCUGCUGAUGUUGACGGUCUCGUUGCUCUCUUCGCAGCUGUUUCAUGCGGUCAUUCGCGUUACGAAGAGCUUCUUCAAAUUGCGGCCACGUCAGUGCUUCUCCACGAUACGCGCGGGAUGCUGACUCAUGCGCCAUGGUUGCCUUGAACAUGUCGAAUCUCUCAGGCAAUGCCGAUAGCAUGACGGCGAUCAUCGUCUCGUCUGGCACUGUUGAUCCGACUUCAUGAAGGCGGCUGACGAGAUAGCUGAAGUCGCCAAGGGCGUCGUCAAGAUCGUCCUUGAUCAUCUUCCAGCUGAAGAAUCGCUGCAAGAGCUCGUGCUUGCAUACGAUACGAUCAGGUAUGAACCGCUUCCGCAGUUCUAGAUACGCCCAUGCACCAUUCUCGCCGUGCUUCUGGUAUGCUUCUUGAAUCAGUCGCUUGGCCUUGUCUGCUGUCUGCAGGGCGAGGAAGCCGAACAGCCAUCGGAGGUUCUUGGCGUUGGAGCUCUCCUGCUCAAUCAGGAUUGGCUGUCCCUGCUGGUUCACCACGGGCUGAUUAUUGCCAUCCAUCUGUGGCACCGCUAUCUUCAUCGGCGGGACGUCCUCAUCCUUAGUAGGUAGAUAGACUUUCACAUCCAUCUCUCUUGCUGCCAAGUAGGCUCUGAGAGUAAAGUCCCAUUCACGCCACUUGAUGUCGUUCUCGCCACUCCUGCCGGUAAAGACGGGGAAGGUGGCCUUUGUCUCGAGAUUGAGUGUCAU